UGAAAUUGGAUUUUUUUUUGAAGAUUUUGAAACUCUGUGCGAGCCACGACCUUGGUCUGUCAUGCGGAGCGUUACAUAAAUAUCCUAUUCAAGACUGAUUUUUGCUUGAGAGAACCUCCCGAUUCAUUCCCGGAAAGUUGUAUGUGGUCUACUACAACACAUCGAUUGCAAACCUUUCAUCCAUCACAUCAAUGAUCUCCAGGAUUCGUUCUUACUAUAAAUUCGAAGAAGUCCAUCUCUUCCAGGUCAACAGUUCCUUUACCAACAGUCACAUUCAUAGGAUUCUUCUACUCAGUUCUCCAAGAACCAAGAGUCGACAGGAAUCGACAGCUCUUCUUCGAUAGCCGUACGAGCGUUCUACUUCGAAGUCAGUAGCUUUUUUGCUUUGUCCCAAAAAACAAACAAAAUGGGCAACACUUGCUGUUCUUGCAUGGAUAGCAGAGAGGGUCGUGCAGAACCGCUUCCGGUACAAGCCUCUAAUGGUCCUCGGGCAUUGCGCGCUGAGGGGUCAGCUGGUGGUUACUUGGCCGUGAGUAAAGAAAGCAAUAUCGGGACUAAGGGUCCUCUCGGUGUUGACAAGUCCAUCGUCGGAGGGGGUAGUUUUUUCGUUGGGGCUGGAGGAGGCGUGUCCCAGAAGUUGAAGGACAUUGGAACUAAGAAUCCGGCUGCUGUUUUUGAGGUACUUACUUAUAUACUAGAAAGACAGCUAUUCUUCUAUGCGAAAUGAUACUUAUAAUUGAUGAUGUAAAACUACUUCUACUCGGCAACCUGCCUAAGUAGAUUUCCCUGACGAAUUCUCUCCGCUUAUUACUAGCGGCACUUCUUUUGACAAGAUGGAACUUUUGCAACAUUCAAUCACAUCAUUACAGUCUACUUCUUACUACAGUUUACCGUUCCCUUUUUAAUAGACUACUUCAAGAGUGAUCUUCAACCUGUUGACAUAACACAUAGCUCCUCGACAGUGGCCUAUAACAAGAGGCAUCUUCAACCUGUCGACAGCACCUUCAAAAAGUGAGAUAAUAUGUUAAUGAAAACAUCAUCGUCACAUCAGGUCCUCGACAACUUCCUCGAAAAGCUGGAUAUCAAGUUCAAUGAGUUGUCGAACGAGGCCUUGUCUAUGGUGAAACGUCGUAACUUGGAGACACAGGCCAUGACCAUGUUCGGAGAAAUGGAAUUGAUCCUCAACCACAUGGCUGGAUUGGCUGGUGCUGCCCAGGGCCAAUUCUGGAAGUCUGGUGAAGGAAAGCAGGCUGUUGCCACUAUCCAGAAAUGCUGCAAGCAGAUCAACUUGCAGGUGGCUUCCAACCAAACCGAUGAGCGCCGAUCCCGCGUGCUGAAGGCGUUGGAGAAUACCAAGAGUAUUGGGGAUAAGUACUAAGGAGUUUGGUCAUGAUGAUCGUUGGACCAGCUAAGGACGAGUUUGGUCAUGAUGAUCGUUGGACCAGUAGUGCUGUAUUUGGGAUGGUUUCAGGACUAGCAGCAAGCUGGAAAGAAGACCAUGAUCGUUGGACCAGUAGUGCUGUAUUUGGGAUGGUUUCAGGACUAGCAGCAAGCUGGAAGGAACGUUUAAAUUGCCACGUUUUCUAUCCUAUAAUGGUUGUCGAGGUCUGGAGGAAAAGCUGCAGCGAAAAAUUAUUUUUGACAUUCAAUUUCAAUGUGAAUACUAGACUUUGAGUCAGAAAAUGUAGUAACAAGAAAACAUGAACGAUGGUAACAGGGACAACAGCCUGCAAGAAAACAUGGAUGUUAGAGGUAACAAGUAGAUUGAUGGGAAAAGAAAUAACUAGAGCCUGUGUGCUGCUCAUAAUAUUUAUUUAUUACGAUUAUUCAGGAAAAGGUCACAGCAAGUAAUUACGAUGUUUUGAAAACGAAUUAAGUCUUCAUGAGUUGGUGCUCGUGAUUGCAUAAGAUACUAGCAUGCUCAUGUACCUGAAGAAGCUGAUGUACAGAGAUAGUUCUAGUAUUAGCAUUGGAGGAAUAUUCAUGUUUGAAUAUUGUUGAGGAGCCAAGAUCAAGAAUGUACUUAGGUGCACCGGUCCAGACAGCUUGUUAAUAUUCGAAAUUGUUGUAUUUGGCCAGAUGAUACGAGAGAAGACUGGUUUUUUGGGUAGUAGAAAUAGAUUCCAAAGUAGAGAAAGAAGUACGUCGAAGUAGAUGAUGUGUACUGAUUGGAAAAAGUGAGGUCACUGGCAGUGUUGUAUUGCUCAUUUCAUGUGACUUGUAUCGGGUUGUAGAGGUCUAAUGAUCAACACAGGUGGACAUCCACGCGUAGACCUUUAAAAAUCUGGAACAUGUAAUGAAACAAGUGAACUUUGCAUUUUUAUCGUCUUCACGCUAUACAACAGUC